UAAGAGAAGUUCUUUAUAUUUUGUUUUUUUCUUAUCUUAGUGUUUCACCUGUUAUAAAUGAACGAUCAAAAUUAACACAACAACAGCAGCAACAAACGGAACAAGAAUCAUUACAACAAUCAUUAAUGUCUAUGUUUGAUGAACCAAUCGUUAGUGAUGAUGCUAUUCGAAUUUAUGAACGAUCAGUAGCAGUAGCUCAUCAAGGACCUUUUGAACCGUCAGAUGUUGAUCGAAAAGUCUAUGAAACAUAUGUAGCUUCUUUAGCAAUUACUGUUCAGUCAUAA